GCGCUGGAAUUUUGGCUUUAUAAAAGAUGAGAGGGGGGAAGGGAGGUCGACGAGCAUACAAGCACAGAGUCCCAACAGAUUACUUUGGCGAUCGAAUGCUGCAUGCUUGGUACUGCAUGCCUCUGAUCUUAAGUUUCAUGAGCAGUAAUUGUAUAAGCAAAUUUCCAGAAAACAGACCAACCAGAAUGAUCUGUUGACGGACAGUUCGGUACGUACUGGCAUGGGUUGCAUGGUUUUUGGAGGUGAUGCAUGCAUACAUAUUGAACAACUAUUGAGAACUAAGUUUCAGCAUUUUCGUAACAAUUAAGAAGAACUUAAAGCUAGCGCUAUUGAAAGAAAUGGAAGAUGUGGGAGAGGAUUUUGAAACCAGUAAUCAACAAUCAAAUGAUGGGACUUCAGAUGCAGUUGGCGAUGAUCAACUGGCUGCAAUCGGCGAUGAUCAACUGGCUGCAAUCGGCGAUCAACUGGCAGCUGGCUUUGGUGAUGAAGAAUAUUACAAUCCAAAUAAAGAUACACAAUCAGGCCCAACAGUUGUUCCUGAGCAUGCUAUCCAAAUCAACUAUAAUGAGAGACAAAAGCCUAUUAUCAUCAGUGGAUCAGGAUGGUCGACAUUGAAGGUUCCUCCACCUAUAUUCAAAGUUGACAAAGAAGCUUACGUCCCCAAGAUUGUCUCCAUUGGUCCAUUUCAUCAUAAUGAACCAAGUCUAAGAGCCAUGCAAACUGAAAAACGGCGAUUUCUCAAUCGCCUGGUUCAAAACCAAACAGGGCAACUUAUCCAUGAAGAAAGUCUCAAAAAUGCCAUGAGAGAAUUGGAAGAAAAGACCAGAAAAUUCUAUGCAAAUGACUUUCAGACUAUAGAACCAGAUGAAUUUGUGCAGAUGAUGCUUCUCGACGGUUGCUUCAUUGUAGAACUCUUGCGUUUCUAUGAGAAGAAUCGUGAAGGGGAACCCCUUUUCAAAACACGUUGGAUGCAGACAAAUAUCUCUCGUGAUUUAAUUUUGCUUGAGAACCAACUCCCUAUGUUUGUGCUGCAGAAGAUUUUUGAACUUACUCCUAGCUUGAUGGGGGAGGCGACUCUGAAUACGCUUGCUCUUAGGUUUUUUGAACCCUUGAGACCUGGGAAGGAGAAAUUUGAAGAAGGGACGUUGAACAAGCAUGCCAAUAGUGAGUAUAUACAUCUAUUAGCUUUGUUUCACUCUUCUUUAAUUUCAGGGGAUAAAACAUACCCGCAGCAGCCUACAAAGAGUGAAAAGGAAAAAACACAUCUUAGGCUUCCUGGGAAAGGUUGGGUGCAUAAUGCCAAAACACUUAGUUAUGCUGGUAUUAAGUUCCAAGGAAAAUCUAGUUGCAUUCUCGACAUACAGCUUACAGGCAAGACGUUAAAGAUUUCAACUAUGGUCAUCGAUGAUAGCACUAGCCCUGUGUUGAGGAACUUGAUAGCCUAUGAACAAAACAACUGCGAUGUAACUCCAUAUUUUUGUUGUCUUGCGUUGUUCUUGGAUAGCAUAGUGGAUACGGUCGAGGAUGUCAAGAUUCUUUGUAAUGCUGAGAUUAUCAAACAUGCAAUGGGUAGAGACGAGGAGGUGGCGAAUCUUUUCAACAGACUCACUAAAGAGCUGGUGUUUGAUAUUAAUGAAGAGUAUUGCUACAUGACCAAGGAAAUCGAAAACAUCAAUCGUCAUUGCCGAAUGCACGACAUUAGAGUUCGAAUUCGCCGUUUUCUUGCUAGGCUAAACUACAAAGGAUCACUCAAUACAAUCUUUUACAUUUUGGUCACAAUCAUCUUAUCCUUUAUUGCUAGUAAUCCUCCAAAUGACAGCCCCUCCUCAACUAAUGGGUUGUCACCUACACCUCCACCUCCACCUUCACUAUAACCAUUUCGACAAAAACAAAACACCAUUUGAAAUGGUUGAUGCAAGUUUAUCUAGUGGAGCCAACAUUGAUCAAUGAACCACGUGGUUGCAAUCAUUUGGCUUACUAUUGCUUUUUUAAUAGAACUGGGAGUAUUCAAAGUCUCAUUAUGUAGAAGUGUCUUUUAAUAAAUAAAUAAAUAAAUAAAGUUGGGUA